CUAUUUCCAGCAUUAUUUAAAUUACCACUGGCUUUUAUCAUUGCAGACUCACUACACCCGAGAGCUGCCCCGCAGACGAAGCAGUGCCCGGGUUAAUUAAAAGAUAAGGCAAUAAAAAGGCGUUCUCCCGGUGUCAUCACAAACCGUACCUGUGCGUAUGCAUCACGCUCAGUGAGUGUCUAGCCGCCUUGUGCCGGAGCCCAGCCGCGCUUGGCGUUGAUCAGUCCAGAGUCCACCCGCUUACCGCAGGCCGAGACGGCCCGGCCCGGCCCGGCCCCGCUCACCCGCCUCUCCCUCAGACGGCCGCCCGGCUGGAGGCGGGCUCUGACGUCAGUUCACUCACUCACUCACUCUCCCACUCGGUCGGGCCGGGUCUGCUCGCUGUUCGGCUCGGGGACGGGCGCCGGGGACCGAGUUGCUGCAGCCCGAGGUUUUAAAUGAGCUUCUCUAAAAACAGUGCAGAUGAUUCGAUGAUUUGGAAACACUUUAAUUGAAACAAAGGCUGGAAUAAGGAAGCAGAGAAGAAGGAUGAGUCUGCUAAAACCUAGUGGGUUGAAAGCUCCCAGCAAGAUUGCCAAGCCAGCAAGUACUGCAGUGAAGCAAGCGGCUACACAAUCUGCAACAUCUGUUGCUACCACACAAAAAGCAUCAUCUGGAGAGAAAUCUUCAAGCACAUCCACCACGGAGGCUCAGGAAGAACAAGUGUCUGACUUCAGAAUUGGAGAACGCAUCUGGGUAAAUGGCAGUAAACCUGGUUACAUCCAGUUCCUUGGGGAGAGUCAGUUUGCCCCUGGCCAGUGGGCUGGAAUUGUUUUGGAUGAACCAAUCGGUAAAAAUGAUGGUUCAGUUGCUGGAGUUCGAUAUUUCCAAUGUGAACCGUUGCGUGGAAUAUUUACAAGACCUUCAAAGUUGUCGCGAAGCCCGGUGGUAGAUGGUGAAGCCAGUGGUUCACAGACUCGGGCAACAUCUGCUUCCAGAGCAACAUCACCCACAUCUACGUCAGCCAGUGCUGCAGCAGCUCCGUCUACAUCAACUGCACAAAAAGCUGCGCCAGGUGCAGCUCAGGAUUCUGCAGCUAUAUCCAAUCUCUUAAAAACGGGAAGUGAAUCUGUGUCGAAUCUCUCGGAAGCUGGUUCUGUUAAGAAAGGGGAACGUGAAUUAAAAAUUGGAGACAGAGUCUUGGUUGGUGGUACUAAAGCAGGAGUGGUGCGCUUCUUAGGAGAAACUGAUUUUGCUAAGGGGGAAUGGUGUGGAGUGGAACUGGAUGAACCCCUCGGAAAGAAUGAUGGAGCUGUGGCUGGAACAAGAUACUUUCAGUGCCAGGCAAAGUAUGGUCUUUUUGCACCAGUUCAUAAAGUUACCAAAAUUGGAUUUCCCUCAACGACACCAGCUAAAGCCAAGACAACUGUACGGAAAGUAGUAGCUACCCCAUCGAAUCUCAAGCGGAGUCCCAGUGCAUCAUCCAUCAGCUCUUUAAGCUCUGUAGCAUCUUCCAUCGGUGGCAGACCUAGUCGAUCAGGAUUGCUAACAGAAACCUCUUCACGUUAUGCAAGAAAAAUAUCAGGCACCACUGCAUUACAGGAGGCUUUGAAGGAGAAGCAGCAGCACAUUGAGCAGCUGCUGGCUGAACGAGACCUGGAAAGAGCAGAGGUUGCCAAGGCAACGAGCCACGUGGGAGAAAUCGAACAGGAGCUCACGUUACUUCGGACAGGUCACGAACAGAAUGUAUUGGAGAUGGAGGCGAAGAUGGACCAGUUACGAGCAUUAGUGGAGGCUGCUGACAGAGAGAAGGUGGAGCUUUUAAACCAACUGGAGGAAGAAAAAAGAAAAGUGGAAGAUCUUCAGUUCCGUGUAGAGGAAGAGUCCAUUACCAAAGGUGACUUAGAGACGCAGACCAAACUGGAGCAUGCCCGCAUUAAGGAGCUUGAACAGAGCCUGCUCUUUGAAAAGACCAAAGCUGAAAAACUCCAGAGGGAGUUAGAAGACACUAGGGUGGCUACUGUGUCUGAGAAGUCACGGAUUAUGGAGUUAGAAAGGGAUCUAGCAUCGCGCACAAAAGAAGUCUCAGAGCUUCAACAAAGACUUGUGAGCAUUGACGUUUCUGGUAAUGUGGAGAGUGCUCCUUUGUUGGAAGAAAUAUCUUGUUUGCGAGAUAAGCUUGCAACAUUGAACAAAGAACAUCAAAGUGAACUUAAGACAUUGAAAGAAAAACUUGAAAGCUCAGAGGAAGAUCACCAAAAGGUACUUCAACAACUGCAGGCUGCAACUGAAAAGGUAUCCAAGGAGAACAUGACUCUCAAGUCCAAAUUGGAUCAAGCUACUAAUGAAAACUCAGAGGUGGUUAGUCUGUGGAAAAGUAAGCUAGAGUCUGCAAUAGAGUCUCAUCAGCAAGCCAUGCAGGAACUCAAGUCUUCUUUCAGUAAAGGAGCAGAUUCCCAAACUACAGAGCUUCUAGAGCUGAAGAGUAACUUAGAAAAGCUGAAAGCCGACCAUCAAUUGGAACUUGAGAAUAUUAAAAUUCAGCAAGAUAAUGAAAAGUCAACCUACCUAAAAGAAACAGAAGAUUUAAAAUCUCGGCUAUCAGAAAUCACUUCAGAAAAGGAAAAAGAUAUAGAUAAUCUCAAGUCACAACUGGAAUAUGCUACAAAUCAGCACUUGGUAGAAAUGGAAGAAACUUUGACAAAACUACAGGAAACCAAAGACAAGUUACAAGAAUUGCAAAUUUUGCAGUCUAAGAGCAAUGAACAGGCACAAAUUGUUGAGGAAUUAACAGCAAAAGUGGCAGCAGCAGAACAAAAGGUGAUGGGUUAUGAAUUGCUACAAGAAGUUGAAGCACAAGAAAGAGAAGAGAUCAAAAGACUUGAAGAGAAGCUUGCAGCUGUUGAGUCAGAGUUGAAAAUCCGUGAAUCUGUAAAGCUUUCUGAAGAGAGCAAGGUUACUGAUUUGGCCAAACUGCUGGAGGAACAACAUCAGUCAGUUGUUAAUCUGAACCAAAGUUUGACUGUAGUGAGCCAGGAUAAACAAACUUUAGAGCAACAACUGCAGACCAUGAAAGAAAAGUUUGAUGGAGUAUCAGAAGUGCAGUACAAAUUGCAGCAAACGUUAGAAGAAACACUCACAAAGCUCCUUACAAAAGAAGAGCAAAACACUUCACUUUCAUCUGAGGUAUCAGAGCUCAAAUCUCAGCUUUCUGCUAUGGAAAGAAGAAUUAAAGCUGAGAAGGAAAAGGCUGAACAGCUAACUGAGGAUAAAACCAAACUUGAGAACACCAUCUCUGAGAUGAUGAAAUCUUCAGGGGACAACUCUGCCCAGCUUACAAAAAUGAAUGAAGAGCUGAAACUCAAAGAAAGGAAGCAGGAAGAGCUACAGGAACUACUUCGCCAAUCCAAUGAAAAAGUUGCUUAUUUGCAGGAGAAUUUGGAGCAAGUUAAAAAUAAAACGGAGCAGAUGCAGGAAGAGCAGCAACUGAAGCAUCAGAAUGAGCUUCAAGCAAUAAUGGAGAAAAUGACAGGCCUGCAAGAGCAGGUGGAAAUGCACAGCACGCACACUAAGGAGCUGCAAAGCAACCAUGAGAAAGUGGUUUCAGAAAUAAAUAGGAACAAUGAUACUUUAGUGAAGGAGCUCAAGACAAAUUUACAGGAAACCAAAGAGGCACUGAAGAGCUCUCAGGAGAAAAAUAAUCAAAGAGAAGAACUCAUAGAAGAACUGAAGAGACAGGUGGAACAGGUCCAGUCUUUAACCAAUGAGCUAGCAACAGCCAAAUCUCAGUAUGAGCAAAUAGCAGAGGAUGUGAGAGCUUUGAAGGGAGAUAAAGAACAGAUGAUCCAGCAAAAUGAUGCACUAAAGUCCGAGAAAGAGUCCUUAUUUUAUGAACUUUCAGAGCUGAAGUUACAGUGUACCUCCCUCCAGAAAGAGCAGCAAGUGUUAGAAUCAAAGAAUGAGAAACUUCAGUUGGAAAGAACAGCAUUUUUACAAGAGAGGCAGGAUUUUGAGAGUACUCAGCAACAACUCUGUUUGGAAAAAGAUGCUUUACUGACUGAAAAGGACCACACCUUCCUGGAAACUAAACAUUUGCAGCAGCUCCUUGAUAAGUUGACAAAAGAAAAUGAGGAUCUCCAAGCCUCACGGUCAGCGCUGAGCAACCAGCUGGAUAAUGUUCAGACAAAAAGCAAAGUGGUUGAACAUGAACAAGCCCAGUUGCUUCAAGAAAAGGAAGAGUUAUUAUUGGCCCACAGGAAAAUGAUUACAGAAAGAGAGGAACUUACAAAAGAAAAAGAUAAAAUUACUGAAAAUUUUAACAAGCUGCGUGAAGAGACAGCAGUUACUCUUGAGAAGCUGAUGAAAGAAAGAGAUGUGCUGGUGGUGGAAAAAGGUUCAUUUCUAUCGAAGUGCUCAGAGCUUGAAGCUCAAAAUGAGCUUUUAGCAAAGGAGAAAAAUCUGCUAAACUCAGUACAUGAUGAGCUAAUAUCUAAAAAUGAAGCUCUAAAUAAGGAGAAGGACCAUCUUAGUUCAAGUUUAAAGAAGACUAUCCUUGAAAAUCAGUCUUUCAUUAUCUCAAAAGAUCAACUACAAUGUAGUCAUGAUCAUUUAAAGAAUGAGCUAGAAAAAUGCUUGAAAGAAAAUGCAGAACUUCAGGCCUCAAAAUCCAGCCAGGCCAAACUCUUGGAUGAGAUUAAGAACAGCAGGGAGGUAACAGAUUCUGAACGUAUUCAGCUGCUCCAGGAGAAAGAAGAGCUAACAACAUCUCAGAGACAACUGACCAUAGAGAGGGAUGAACUAGCUAAAGAAAAAAUGGAGCUGACCGCAAAGCUGCAGCAAUCCAUUGAGGAGGCAGCUAUCGUCGCAAAACAGCUGAAUGAAGAAAAAGAUGGUCUGCAAACUGAGAAAGAUGCACUUUGUCUGAGGUACUCACAGCUGGAAACCCAGUGUGAUUUUCUGCAAAAGGAGAAGGAGACCUUGGAAUCAAAAAGCAACAUGCAAAUAGCAGAAAAUGAAUCUCUCUCGGCUGAGAUAGCCGAAUUUAAAUUGAAGCAAAGGCAGCUAGUCUCUGAAAAUGCUGCCAUUGUUGCAGAAAGGAAUCAGCUCCUCAGCAACACUGAGCUUUUACAGCGAAAGCUUGACGAAUCGGCAAAAACAAAUGAAGAGCUCCAAGCCUCGAAAUCAAGUUUCUCUACACUUUUGGAUGAAAUUCAGAAUAGCAAAAACAUUGUGGAUUUAGAAAGGCAUUCCCUGUUACAAGAGAAAGAAAGGCUGGUCGCUGAACUUCAGGAGCAGUGCACUGAAAAAGAACAUCUUACUUGUCAGAGGGUGGAAUUGGAGGAAAAAUACAGUAAGCAGAAUGAACAAAUAAGAGUACUUGAGAACCAACUAACACAGGAAAGAGAUGCUGCAAAAAUGGAAAGAGAGGCCCUCAGUGUGGCUCAUGCAGAACUUGAAAACCAUUUCCAGUUAUUAACAAAUGAAAUGGGCGUUCUUAAAGCUACGCAUAAUGAAGUGCUUUCAGAAAACUGUGUGCUAAUAAAGGAAAAUGAGGCAUUACAUGCUGAACAAAAGAAGUCUGCCUGUGAGAGGGAAAACCUCGUAGCUGAGAAAAAUUGGCUGGCAUCCACUACAGAAGAGCUGAAGAAGGAGAUUGAAAUAUUAACCAAAGAAAAUGUAGAAUCCCAGGCUUCAAAAUCAAAUCUUUUGAAACUCUUAGAUGAACUUCGCGGUAGCCAGGAGAUAUCCGCCCUGGAUCGAGUCAAGCUGCAGGAGGAGAAAGAUAAUUUGCUGGCAACAGUGCUAAACCUUAAGGCAGAAAAAGAAGAGCUGGUAAGAGAGAAUAGCAAGCUGGCAAAGUCCCUCUGCCAGUUAGACAAAGAGGCUGCUCUUUCUGCUCAAGACAAGGGAGAAACUGAAGCAAGACUGCAGCAGCUGACAUGUGACAAGGAAGUAUUGCUGAAACGUGAAGAGGACCUUUCUUCCAAAUUAAAAGAUCUUCAGGUUCAUCAGAAUAUUACUUUAUCAGAGAAGAUUGAGGCUACGAGACAGGCUGAAGAGGCUAAGCAGUCAUUAGAGCAAGUAAUGAAGGAGAAAAAUAUAUUGGACCAACAGAAGGCUGAAACUUUGGCAGAAUUGAAGGAAUCCAGACUAAAGAAUCAAAAGCUUGAAAAUGAGCUGGAAGCUCUUAAGGAACAGAACAAUAAAUGCCAAGAAGACUUGAACCACUCAAAACAGCAGCUGAGCUCAGAGAAUAACAGAAUAGGAAACCUUUGCAAAGAAAUAGAGGAGCUGAAGCUGGCAGCAGCCCAGAAGUCCCAGCAGCUGGCAGCACUACAUGAGGAAAACAGCAAACUGGCAAGUGAGCUGGGUAAGAGCAAGGACGAAGUCACCAGCCAUCAAAAGCUCGAAGAGGAGCGGUCUGCACUUAAUAAUCAACUGCUAGAAAUGAAAAAGAGCUUGCCCAAUAACACUUUAAGAGAAUCCUUAUUAAAGAAAGAGUUUGAAGAAGACAAAAACUCUUUACAGAAAUCCAUUGCAACUACCAGUGCCUUAAUCACAGAUAAAGACAAAGAGCUGGAGAAACUCAAGAAUGAGAUUGCAGUGCUACGGAGUGAGAAUGCCAUGGCAAAAAAUUUACAGUCAGUAGUUCAGUCAUUGGAAUCUGAUAAAUCAAAACUUGAACAAAAGGUACAGAGUUUGGAGAAGAAAAUCAAUGAUAACCAAAGGCAGCUUGACAACAUCACAUCCUCUCCAGGUGAACAAGUUAUUGAAGAACAAAGGGAAGAAAAUGAUUCUGCUGAGAGUCAAAUUGAUUUCCUGAACUCUGUGAUUGUGGAUUUGCAAAGAAAGAAUGAACAACUGAAAGUGCAGCUAGAAAAACUAGCUGAGGCAUCCCUUAAUGGCAAUGUUGCUGAUGAUGUAAACAACUUUGACACCUUGGAUGGGACACAAACAAAGAAGAAGCCACCACCGCGUCUAUUUUGUGACAUAUGCGAUUGCUUUGACCUCCAUGAGACUGAGGAUUGUCCCAAACAAGCACAGAUGUCUGAAUUCCCUCCACAUUCUACUUACCAUGGCAGUAGAAAAGACGAACGCCCUUAUUGUGACAUCUGUGAGGUAUUUGGGCAUUGGACGAACAACUGCAAUGAUGAUGAAACCUUCUAAUACACCACUCCACCCUAGAUAUAGUGUAUAUUUUGUUUGUGUAGAGUUCCAGUUUUUAUUUUUCAUUUCUGCUUAAAUACCAUCUUUCGCCUUUCGUUAUCCUGCACUGCACAUCAUUCUAACACCAUCUGUUACUUUACCACUAUAAACUAACUUUAGCUUCUACAGAACGACUAACUUGAAUUAUGAUUCAGUGUACAAAACUGUAGCAUUUGAAAUUUUCUGCUCCUGACCGUCAGAGUUUGUAUAAAGAGUGUGAACAUUAUAUUGAUUUCUUACUGAAUGUAAAAUAUGUCUGGAGAGUUAGGCUUAUGAACUUGUAUAUAUCUUUGAUUUAUUUUUGGCCAAAGUAAUUUACUCAGAAAUCAACAUAUGGAUAUGUUGAAUAUUUUUCUUUCCUUUCUAAAUUUGAGUAUUGAAAUGAAUGUAUAGUGUUAUAAAUUGUCGCAGGGAGAAGGUUAUAUGUAAAGACAGUAUUAACCCAAACACUGUGUGUACUGUGUCAACUUUAAUAAAUUAUUACCUUUGAUGUUUUGAUUGCCUAUAUACAAUGCAGUUUGUUUAA